UCAAGUUUUGAUUUUUCGCCUAUUCACGCCGUUGAGUGUAUAAACAAUUUUUAUCUGUAUUAAUAUUGCAGUAUUUAUAUUUACAAUAAAGUGGAGACAUGAGUUCCAUAGGCACAGGAUAUGACUUGUCUGCUUCUCAAUUUUCACCGGACGGACGUGUGUUUCAAGUAGAAUAUGCACAAAAAGCCGUCGAGAACGGAGGAACAGUCAUAGGAUUAAGAGGAAAGGAUGGCAUUGUAUUUGCCGUAGAAAAGAUAGUUACUUCGAAGCUCUAUGAAUUUGGUACAAAUAAAAGAAUAUUUAACGUAGACCAACAUGUUGGUAUGGCAGUUUCUGGUUUGAUCUCCGAUGCCAGACAAAUUGUACAGAUUGCUAGAUCCGAAGCUGCUAGCUAUAAGAACCAAUAUGGAAUUGGAAUACCACUGAGAUACUUAAACGACAAAGUUUCUAUGUACAUGCAUGCUUAUACUUUAUAUUCGUCAGUUAGGCCUUAUGGCUGUUCUGUAAUUCUUGGUGCAUAUGAACACCAUGGUCCAAGUAUGUAUAUGAUUGACCCAUCUGGAGUUUCAUAUGGAUAUUAUGGAUGUGCUGUUGGUAAAGCAAAACAAUCAGCAAAAACGGAAAUUGAAAAGUUGAAAUUAUCAGAGAUGACGUGUCAAGAUUUAGUGAAAGAAGCAGCGCGUAUAAUCUAUCUUGUUCACGAUGAAUUAAAAGAUAAGCAGUUCGAACUUGAAAUGAGCUGGGUUGGUAAACACACAAAUGGAAAACACGAACGCAUACCGGCAAGUAUAAAAGCUGACGCCGAGGCGAAAGCGAAACAAGCAAUGGCAGAAGAUUCAGACAGUGACACAGAAGAUAUGUAAAUUGACUCGAUAGUCUUAAAGAUAUCUUUUAUAUUGUAAGUUAUAAUUUAAAUACAUAAAAAUUGCUACUACAAAAGCAUUGUCAAAAUGAUCCAGUCAAAUAAAGAUUAAUAUCUGUUGUUUAUAAAAA